CAUUUAUAUAGAACCCGACAGUCCAUCAUUGGGAAGUAUUGCCAAUCGGCAUCGCAAGUCUCCAACUAGUGUCCUGUGGAAAGUGAACACAGCCAUCCACAUCCUUACUAGAUCUCCUCAUUGCAAACAUCCCCGCAACGACAUCAUGACCUCCUCCAAAAAGACCCUCAGCCCUCCGGCGCCCGGCGUCCCCUACUACACCCCGGCCCAGGAGCCUCCAGCCGGCACCGCACUGUCUGCCCCCGAAGGCGGCGGCAGCGUGCCGACGCUCUUCACGCCGCUCCGCAUCCGCGGCCUGGAGCUGAGCAACCGGUUCGCCGUCUCGCCCAUGUGCCAGUACUCGGCCGACGACGGCCACCUGACCGAUUAUCACCUGGUGCACCUGGGCUCGUACGCCAUGCGCGGCGCCGCCCUCACCGUCGUCGAGGCCACCUCGGUCACGCCCAACGGCCGCAUCAGCCCCGAGGACAGCGGCCUGUGGCAGGACAGCCAGGUCGCGCCCCUGAGGCGUAUCGCCGACUUUGUCCACUCGCAGGGCCAGAAGGUCGGCAUCCAGCUGGCCCACGCCGGCCGCAAGGCCAGCACGCGCGCCCCCUGGCACUACUCGCGCGGCAACGCCGAGGUCGCCGGCGAGGAGGUGGGCGGCUGGCCCGACAACGUCUGGGGCCCCAGCGCCAUCCCCUUCUCGCCCCUGUACCCCAGCCCCAAGGAGAUGACGGUCGAGCAGAUCGAGGGCCUGGUCACGAGCUUUGCCGACGCCGCCAAGCGCUCUGUAGAGGCUGGUAUGGAUGUUAUCGAGAUCCAUGGCGCGCACGGCUAUCUCAUCACCGAGUUUCUUUCUCCUCUGAGCAACAAACGGACCGACCAGUAUGGUGGCAGCUUCGAGAACCGCACCCGGCUCCUUGUGGAUGUGAUCAAGGCGGUCCGCGGCGCCAUCCCCGAGUCCAUGCCGCUCUUUGUGCGCGUCUCGGCUACCGAGUGGAUGGAGCACGCGGGCCAGCCGAGUUGGGACCUGAACGAGAGCAUCCGCCUCGCCAAGCUGCUGCCCGACCUCGGCGUCGACCUGCUCGACGUCAGCUCGGGUGGCAACUCGCACGCGCAGCAGAUCAAGCUGUACGACUUCUACCAGGCCGACCUGGCCGGCAAGAUCCGGGCCGAGGUGACGGCCGCGGGCAAGAAGCUGCUCAUCGGCGCCGUCGGUAACAUCACGACGGCGGAGCUCGCCAGGGCGGUGGUGCAGGAGGAUGGUGGCCAAGGCACGGUCGAGGUCGAGGACGAGACCCACGGCGGCAAGACGCGGGCCGAUCUCGUGCUGGUGGCGCGGCAGUUCCUGCGCGAGCCCGAGUUCGUGCUCCGCACGGCACACCAGCUGGGCGUCGCGGUUCAAUGGCCCAAGCAGUAUCACCGCGCCGGCUGGCAAAAGGGCGCCAAGAUCUAGAGAAGGAACUGAUGCUCGCUGUGUCCUCAGUAAAUAGAUAUUGUAACACAUAACCUCUCUACCGCCCAGUCGUCAUCUUUAAUUUAGAAUACAGAACUGUUCAGCUAGAUGACAUACAUCACGCUCACUCAAAAAUACCAGAGCUAGCUGAGAUGCCGGAGCAGAUCGAAAUAUGCUUGUUUGGUGAGCCUCAGAAGCUUGCGUUCUA